AUGAGAUUGCUGAUCAUUACACUACUGGCUGUCGGAGCGCUCGCUUCCAAUGAUGAACUGUGGCACCAUUGGAAGCGUCUGUAUAAGAAAGAGUACAACGGUCCUGAUGACGCAGUUCGACGAGCCAUUUGGGAAGAGAAUGCUGAGCACAUCAAACAACACAAUUUGCACCAUGAUCUGGGCUUGGUGACCUACAGUCUGGGAUUGAAUCAGUUCACCGAUUUGACGUUUGACGAAUUCAAAGAGAAAUACUUAUUGGAAAUACCGUUAAACUUAGUUUGA